AGCAGUACCGCUCAUAUAAUCAAUAUGCCUCUUCUUGUUUUUGUUGUUAAUGUUCUUUCAUAUUUCGAUUCCUAACUCUUGUUGUUGUUGUUCUUUCAUGUUUCGAUUGCUAAUUGAUCUUGAUACUACGUACACUUUGCGGCAGCUAUCUUAUUGUCAUGAUGAGGAGAGCUCUGCCUUGCUACAAUUCAAGCAAAGCCUUACUAUCGAUGCAUCUGCUUCGGGUUUAGAGGGUGCUUAUCCGAAAGUGUUGUCCUGGAAACAAGCUCAAGGAGGAAACAACACCAACUGCUGCACAUGGGAUGGGGUCGAAUGUGACGAACACACGGGUCAUGUGAUCGGGCUUGAUCUCAGAAGCAGUUGUCUCUACGGCUCUAUUCACUCCAACAGCUCCCUCUUCCGUCUUGUUCACCUUCAGAGGCUGAACCUUGCCGAUAAUCACUUCAAUUACUCUCAAAUUCCUACUAGCAUUAGGAAUUUUCCAAGGCUCACCCAUCUCGACCUCUCUGCCUCUGUAUUUUCUGGUCCUGUUCCAGAUUCUUUUGCAAACCUUACAAAAUUGUCUGUUUUUAGGAUUAGUACGAGUCUACUAACUGGUCCAAUCCCAUCCUGGCUAGGUAAUUUUAGCGAACUAGAGUACCUAGACUUUGGUUAUAACAAAUUGAGUGGUUCAAUUCCUACAUCAUUUUCCAAUCUCACGGACCUCCAGAUUCUUUAUCUUCAGUCCAAUAACCUGAGCGGUAUAGUGGAGUUUCAAACAUUUCAACACCUGCAAAAUCUCAACCAACUCGAUCUAAGAUCUAAUUCUCUGGAAUUUUUAUCUGAAUCCACAGCUGUGAAUGCAAGUACUGUUCCACAAUUCACCCAACUAAGGUUAACUUCAUGCAACAUAAAAGAGUUCCCAUAUUUCCUGAGAUAUCAAAAACAUUUGGAGCAGUUGAUGCUCAAUAAAAACAAAAUCCAUGGUCAAGUACCGAAAUGGAUGUGGAACAUGAGCACAGAAUCCUUGAUUCGGCUAGACAUUUCUGAAAAUUUCCUUUCAGGCCAACUUCCUGUUUUCUUUCCUUGGGUCAACCAACUACACUUGAGUCUUUCUUCCAACAUGUUCCAUGGGCCACUGCCGAUACCUGCAUCAUCCACUUUAGUCUAUGAAGCUAAUGACAACAAAUUUACUGGUAAACUUUCACCAGUGAUCUGCAAUAUGAGUUCUCUUCGGGCCCUUGUAUUGGACAAUAACAACUUGAGUGGCAUGAUUCCGCAGUGUUUCGGAAACUUCAGUGAUCGAUUGACACUUCUACUUCUUCGAAAUAACUCGUUUCAUGGCACUCUACCACAAACAUACACCAACAAAAGCAACUUGAGGAUACUUGAUGUGAGUCAAAAUCAAUUGCAAGGGCAACUACCAAGGUCAUUGGCGAAUUGUCUGAUGCUUGAGACUUUGGUCCUGUCAAACAAUUACUUCAAUGAUGUCUUUCCCUUUUGGAUGGCUACUCUACCUGAGUUGAAACUUUUGGCAAUGCGGCAUAAUGCGUUCCAGGGAUUGAUAGGAAAGCCUGAAAAUAAUCAGCAGUUCCCACAGUUGCGUGUCUUAGAUAUUUCUCACAAUAACUUCACAGGCAAGUUUGUGGCUGAAUACAUCUUCUCCAAGUAUGCCAUGAGAUCAGUCAACCAGUCGUCCUAUAUGAGGUUUGGCAUCAAUUACAGCUCUGGUAAUAAUGAUUGGCUCAUUUAUGCUUCCACGAUUAAUAUAACCAUUAAAGGUGUGGAUAGAUACUAUCCAAGGGUUCAAGAAGCUUUUGCAGUCAUUGAUAUCUCAAGCAACAAAUUUGAAGGGAAGAUUGAUGAAUCCAUUGGGAGUCUAAAAGGGCUUUGGUCACUUAAUUUUUCCAAUAAUCUUCUCAGCGGUGGUAUCCCGUCAUCGUUUGGGAACUUGACGAAUCUUGAAGUACUAGACCUUUCCAAUAACAAGCUCUGGGGAGAGAUUCCCAAACAAUUCGCACAGCUGACAUUCCUUGCAGAAUUCGAUGUCUCUCACAACAAUCUCACAGGUCCAAUACCGCGUGGACCGCAACUCAAUACCUUCUCUAGCACUUCAUAUGAGGGAAAUCCCGGAUUGUGCGGAGAUCCUUUGCCAAAGAGAUGUCAGAGCUCUAAUGCCCCACCGCAACUGCCACCUUCAAGCACAGAAGAAAAUGAUUCUGGAAGUGAAUUUGAAUGGGCUUUUGUGCUCGCUGGAUGCGGAAGUGGGUUCGUGGUGGGAGUUGUGCUUGCGGACUUGGCCAUCACACGGAGGCGUGAGUUCUUUCUUGAGAUAGUUGGAACGUUGAUCAGACUAAUGGAAAUGAUCACAAGCUGGAAGGGGUUUGGACGCUGAAAUUGAUGAGUUUAUUAUAGAGUUAAUGCCAUUGUUAUGUUGUGUUUUAUUGUCUUUCUAUAUUUGUUUCCUAGCUAGUUACUCCUACCUGCUAGCUGAUUUGUAUCUAUAUAUGUCUUAUUAAGGAGUACGUGUCUGGCAUGGUUUAAAGGUG